UGCGCUCAGUAGUCGCCGGCUACGCGAAGAGAGAGUUUGGAAAGCGAAAAAGGUAGCGCGUGCGUUAUAGGACUGGCCAGUACCACAUUACAGCAAUAACAACACACAUAAAAAAAAAACUACCCGCCUAUACAUAUACUCCCCCCAAACUCCUCGAAACUAGUCGCCAUUAACAAUGGACAUUAGCGUGACGCCCAACUACUCGUACAUCUUUGAUUUCGAAAAUGAUUUCAUACAUCAGCGCACACGCAAAUGGAUGCUGGAGAACUGGACCUGGGUGUUCUACUACUGCGGCAUCUAUAUGCUUGUCAUAUUCGGUGGUCAGCACUUUAUGGCAAAUCGUCCGAGAUUUCAAUUGCGUGGACCGCUGAUCAUAUGGAACACACUGCUGGCCAUGUUUAGCAUAAUGGGCGCCGCCCGCACUGCGCCCGAGCUGCUGCACGUGCUGCGGCACUACGGACUUUUCCACUCGGUCUGUGUGCCCAGUUACAUCGAGCAAGAUCGCGUCUGUGGCUUCUGGACCUGGCUGUUCGUGCUCAGCAAACUGCCCGAGCUGGGCGAUACGAUAUUCAUAGUGCUGCGCAAGCAGCCGCUCAUCUUCUUGCACUGGUAUCACCACAUCACGGUGCUGAUCUACUCGUGGUUCAGCUACACGGAAUACACAUCCUCGGCCCGUUGGUUCAUUGUGAUGAACUACUGUGUGCACUCGGUCAUGUAUAGCUACUAUGCGCUGAAGGCGGCACGCUUCAAUCCGCCACGUUUCAUCUCCAUGAUCAUCACGUCACUGCAGCUGACGCAAAUGAUCAUCGGCUGUGCCAUCAAUGUAUGGGCGAAUGGCUUCCUCAAGACGCACGGCACGUCGUCGUGCAACAUUUCGCAGCGCAACAUCAAUUUGUCCAUUGCGAUGUACUUCAGCUACUUUGUGCUCUUCGCACGCUUCUUCUACAAGGCCUAUCUAGCGCCUGGCGGCUCCAAGAGUCGUCGCAUGGCUGCCUCGUUGGUUGCCCAAAAUACCGCCAAGCUGUCCGGACCCAACAGCGGUGAACCGCAUUCCAGUGUCUCCAGCAAAUACUUGUCUGGCAACGAUGAUGCCCAGGCUGCCUAUCUGCGCAAGGCCAAGGCGCAGUAAGGGGCUGUCCAGGACAUCUGCGCCCACGUGUUGUACCCGCUGCUCCCUGGCAAACGCCCCUACUUAAAGGCUAAGGACAUUUAUUUAUGCAGUACCGAUGUGAAAGUUGUUUUUUAAUUUUAACCACCAAUACCACACACACACACACACAUACACCCACCCACACACACAGUUAGGCGCGCUAGGGGCGUUUGUAAGUUUACUGAUAAGCAUAAAGUUUUUACCUGGGCGGCUGGCUUCUAGACAUACCUAUCCCCACUAUAACUAUAUUGUCAUGUAUAUAACGAGAUUUAAUUUGAUGUGCAGUUUAACUAAGCCUAAGUCGAAAAGUGUUUUGUAUAAAGUAUAGAGAGAGAGAGAGAGAAUAGAGAGAGCUUUUCGCCAGACUGCAUUUAAUGCAAGCGAGCGGGAGAGACACGAAAGGUGUAGUGAGAGUCAAUUUUAUGGCUUUGCUUCUACUGUAAAUCUUUUUUUUUUUGUUUAGGCCACAUUCUCGACUUGAGUUCAGACCGCUGCUCAGUUCUUAUCCCACACACAUUCUAGGUUGGUUAACUCUAUCUUUAUAUAUAUAUAUAUAUCUAACUACAUACAGUUGCAUAUGUAUGUGUAUCUACCUACAACUUUUAUGUUGGCAAAUACCUUUUUGUAGUUGUACUCUAAGUCUCUAUAUAUAUAGGUACGAACAUACUUCUAUAUAAAUACAUAAAUCUAUAUAUAUUUAUAUCCAGCUAAUUGCAUGCAAUUUGAAAUACAAAUUACAAAUGCUAUAUUAGUUAGUCCUACAACAUGUUGUUCAAGAUCAAGCGCAAAUUGUUAUUGUAUAAUGUAAUAAAAAAAAAGUGUAUGCGACUUAUAAUUUUGUAACCGCGCAGGGCAUGCAUUUAGUUUCUAUAUUUAACAAAAAGAAAAAACCAACAAAAAUUUGUUUCGAUGCAUUUUUGGGGCUUAUGAAUUAAGAGAGAGAAAGAGAGAGCGGAAAGUUUCUACACACCACAAGCAUAACAAAGAAUGAAGUAAACAAAAAACAAAGCAAAACAUAUGUUUUAAUUAAACAUAUAUAUUUAAUUAAAUAAAAAAGCAAACAAAUACAUAUAUAUUUGUAAGCAAACAGUAAAGAAGAGAUCCUACUUGAAAAUAUUAGAUUUAGUGCAAACGAAGAGAUGGAGAUAGAGUAUUGAAGAAAGCUAGCUGAAGCCCAAAGCAUUCGCAAGAGUACUUUGAGCCAAAAAAUAUGUAACUAAAAAUUCAAAAGUAAGCGAACAAAUUGAACUUAUUGUCGGGUAAUACAAACAAAGUAAGGAUAAAAAGCUAAGAAAUCAACGGAUAAAUAAA